AUGGGACGCCCCCCACCUGCUGCAGUCUGGAUCUGGACACUCCUGCUGCUGCUGUUGGAAGCCUGGGCAGGACACUUGUGGGCACAGGAGCCCAAGGUGCUGCAGGGCCAGGAGUGCAAGGCCAAUUCGCAGCCUUGGCAGACGGCUUUGUUCCAGGGCAACCGGCUGCUCUGCGGGGGUGUUCUCGUAGAUGACCACUGGGUCCUCACAGCAGCCCACUGUAAAAAAGAGAAAUACACAGUGCACCUGGGAGAGCACAGCCUGAAGAAGAAGGAUGGAACAGAACAAGAAAUGGCUGUGGCCCAGUCCAUCCCACACCCCUGCUAUAACAGCAGCAGCGAUGACCACAGCCACGAUCUGAUGCUGAUUCGACUACGUGGUCGGGCAUCCCUGGGGUCCAAAGUGAAGCCCAUCAACCUGGCGGAUCGCUGCCCUCAAACUGGCCAGAAGUGCACCAUCUCGGGCUGGGGCACUGUCACCAGCCCCCAAGAGAAUUUUCCUGACACCCUCAACUGUGCAGAAGUAGAAAUCUUUUCUCAGAAGCAGUGUGAGGAUGCCUACCCUGGGAAAGUCACAGACGGCAUGGUCUGUGCAGGAGACAGCAGUGGGGCUGACACGUGCCAGGGGGAUUCCGGGGGCCCACUGGUGUGUGGUGGCGUUCUCCAGGGCAUCACAUCCUGGGGGUCAGACCCCUGUGGGCGGCCUGAGAGACCUGGCGUCUACACCAGCAUCUGCCACUACCUAGACUGGAUCAAGAAGACAAUAGGCAGAAGAAACUGAUUGUAGGAUGAGCCCUGAAUUCCCCCUCAAUAAACU